CAUAAUCUCUUUAUUUAAAUAUCUUUUGUCCGGCUUAUUCAUUAAGGUUUUUGAGACUUUCUGAUGUUUGAACUUCAUUCUAUUACAUAAUAUUACAAGAAAACAAACAUAUUUGACUUAAUCAAGCAGCUAAAUUAAUAUAGGUCGAAGAUUGUGUCAAGGGAGAUAACUCAACAAAUCAGCUGACUGUGGUUUCUGUCAAAAUUUAAAAUCCAGGAUGGAUGCUGUUUUAAAUCCUUGAGGAAUGACUGAUAUUCCACCAAAUGUUUCUCUGCCUCUGCUUGGAAUCGGCCUCAUUUCACUACUCCUAAGUUUUAUAUUUUGUAUAUAUAUGUGGAGGUUAAGAUGUCGUGCAAGAGAAGAAAGAGGCUAUAAUAGGAUCCAGUUUAAAGAAAAGAAUAAGAAGUUUUCUUCUAAAUUUAAACCAGUAAAGAAAAAAAGAGUAAUUUAUAGUUCUAUGUGUGCAGUGUGUCUGGAGGAAUUCAGAAAUUAUGAAUAUAUAGCAAUAUGUAGAUGUAAACAUUGUUUUCAUAUGAAUUGUUUGUUGCAGUGGUUGAAACAUCGAAACUAUUGUCCCAUGUGUAAAGCAACUGUACAGAGAGUACCAUCUGGUGAAAGAUCUAGUUUAAUAAUAAUGCCUCAACAAGCAGUGCCAUCUACCAGCAAUGAACCUCCUGUAGAAGGAGCACAGAAUGUAUAACACUCUUUACCCAUCAAUCAGUUUGAUUGACAGUUGUUUAUCUUAUUACUUAUUACAUAUACACCUUUUCUCUAAUUCUGACCUGAUUUUUCCCUCUGGUUGAUUUAUUUUUGAUAAUCAACAUGUGGUUUGUUUUAUCUUAAUUUUCAUUGGUCAAAAUUCAAUUAUGUAGGCAAACUUUCUUUCUUUCAUCUGAAUUUUCUUUUGUGGCGUCAUGAAACAAUGUGACUAUGCUGACAUCACAUAAAAAGAACACAUCUUUUUGAUGAUCAUUGAAAAAUAAAGAAAAAAGUUUGCCUAUGUUCUAUCUAAAAACAUAUUUGUAACCACUGCAUUUUUUUUCGAGUUCAUAUUAAGUGAUAUCCUGAAAUAAGUGAAAAUAAACUAUAUUCAAAAUUUUUCUUUAUAUUAUUACACAUUCAAGCAAAACUGUGAUUAUUUUGAGUAAUCUAUAAGUUAUGCUGGAUUUUACUUUCAUUUCAUGUAUGUAUGACCUUUGUAAAGUAUCAAAUUCAAACAAAAACAACAAUGCUGAUUUAAUAUUUUAAUUCAAGUUAAACCUCAAAUGAUACCUAUUCCUUUCAAUGUGUGACUUAAAACUUGUGUAAACUGCAUUGUUAUUGAUAUUCAAGUAAGAAAAAAAGAAUUUGUCACUGGCUGAGUUCAAGCCGAUUAAUCUCCUGUGUGUAUUAUUUGCUGAUGAUUUUAUCUUCGGGCCUUCAGGGCAAACAAUCAUCGCUCUAAAAGCUGAUGUUGGUCUGAAUUUGAAAAGUUUUCAAUAACAUUAUUAAAUUUAAGUUUAUUUCACAAAACAAUUAAGGUAUACAUGUAGGUUAUGAUUGUAAAAUGUGUUACACAUAACCGAUCAGCAUCAUACACCCUGCCAUAGAUUUUUCAAAUAGAAGAAUGUGAUCAGUUGUAAGGUAAAUGUUAAAUCAGUGCCUACAAAAAAAAAUUAAAUUAUGUAGGUAUAAAUAUAUACUGUAUUUACUCUGGUGAAAACUACAAUUUAUAGAACUUUAUGCAAUUUUUAGUGCCAUUGCAAUUUUAAAAGUGCCUUCUUUUUAUAUCAGUAUUACAUGUACAAACUUGUUUAUUGUAAUGUAUAAAAGGUGUUCUUUUGUAAUACUGUGGAUUCAUUGAUUUCCAUGGGUACCAAUUUAUUUGGAUUGAGGAAAACAAGCAUGUUUGUGGAUAUUUUAUUUUGUUGUUUUAUCAAAGUCUGCAUACAUUUCUUCAGAAAACUUGAACAUUUAAACUCAUGUUUCUCCUGUACCCACAGAAUCAAUGAAAAUUGGAAUCCAAUGAAUUAUAAUGAGUCCACAGUAUCUUAAUGUUAAAUAAUGACUCUUGACAAAAAAUAUAUAGUAUAUUUUUAGUACAGUUCAUAUCAACAAGGAAAAAUGAAUUUGUGCAGCAAUAUUUUAAUACUAUUUAGAAUUAUUUUUGUGUUCAAUUCUCAGUGCUCUGUCCAUGUGUACAAAGCAUGCUCUGCUUAAGUUGUGGAGUUAGUGGGUUCCAUUACAUGCAAGUCAAACAAAGAUAUGAAAAUGUGUUAUUGCCACUUCUUCUCUAAGAAUGCAGCAUUUAAGAGUAAGAGCAAAGAUUUUGGAUUGAUGUCUCUGGAACGUAAGCAGGUUUAAAAUCUAGCAUUGUGUCGGUCAAGUAUAAGGCAGAGUUCAUAUUACAUUCACAUAUGGUUGUCCUCAAAUAUCCAUUUAUAUUGCCAGUGGAAUUUUAAAAGUCAACAAUUUUUAUUGUUCACAUUUCUCAUCAUUGUUUCAUCAUCAGAAUUAUCAUAAUAUAAUUUUACCUCUUAAGACAAUGCUCAUGUUAAAAAUUUUGAAUUGUGUUUUUCUGAAUGAUUUUGUGUCUAUUAAAUGAAGAGGAGCUCAAGGCUAUCAUGCAAUCUUUUGGUGUUGGAUUUUAAAUCUGUAAUUAUAUCUUUCAACUUUUUCUUUCAAAAAAUAAAUACUAUAUAUAUAAAUCCUUAUGAAAAUUUAAUAUACCCGAAAAAAAAAAGUAAUUUAAUACUGAAACAGACUUUUUUGGAGAUUCUCAUGAAAAUAUAAUUUAUGACAUGAAAUUUCCAUAAAAAUUCCUUUGCAAUGCUCUGCAUUUAUUUUUUUGCAUUUUUCAAUAUAACACCUCUUUUCUUGGACCCUGAACCUGCCAUGCUUUUGUUUCUUUUCUCUACAAUUCUUAAUAAGUGACAAUAAUGAAGUUAAACUUAAAAAAAUUGCACUGAUAUAAAGCAGUUUGACGAUGAUUUUAUUGAUGUUUGUGUUAUAUGAAUUUUGUACAAAUAACUUCAAAUCUGGUGCAUAUUUUAUUUAUCUAGUCUCUAAGUAUAUAAUUAGCUUUAAAUAAAUGUACCAGAUAAGAGCUUUCUGUAUUUGUUACCUUAUCAUUUGUGUUAUCAUUAUGUUUAUAAAUUCAUGAUAUUGCAUUAUUAAUUAUUAUAUCAUUUGUAUGGUGUUUUCUGAAAAAAUUAAAAAAUGUUAUAAAGUUUUGAUAUUGUCAAGCAAAAGUUUUAUAGAAUGGUUUUGCAUUUAACUUUUUUAAUCAUUAAAGAUUUCAAAUUUGAUAAUUAAAGCUUCCUGGCAUGCAUUGAAACAGGACAUUUAUUAGGAGAUGACAGUUUCUUUAUGAUAUGUGUUUCUGAUUAUUUAAGUGCAAUUCUUCAGACUUGGUUGUCAUAUAUUGAAUAAAACAGAUAGAAAGAUAGAUAAAGAUUAUUUCAAGAGUUUGUUAUUGGUUUGUUCAAGUGAGUUUAGGAUGAUAAUAUACUCUCCUG